GCCUCCGUGCAGUGUUAGGGCAGUCCCAGUCUGGCGCUGACGUCACGGCCCGUCUGGCUGCCUGGGGUUGGAUCCAGCUGUAAGGCAAUCUCCUUGGACUUGAGGAGGGGGAAGGAAGGACUGGGACUUAACAGACUACUGCUCCUCACACACAAGCCCAGCAGCCUGGGACUGGGGCAUAGGGACCUGCCCAGAGCCUGGGAGUCAGAAACUGUUCCACAAGCAGAAGGACUUAGUGGCUGCCCCAUCAGCUAGCCCAAAUUGGGACUGAAACAAAGUAACUAGCUCCCAUUGUAGUUCUGUUUGCCAUGUUCCAGCAGCCGGAGUCAGAGCCCUGUGUGAGUGAGUGACCGCAGCUCUUUCUAGAGGAGUCUCCUGUUCAAUGUUUAACUUGAUGGGUCUGAACAGUACCAGCGCUGCUAUCCAGUCCAAUGUCUCCUGUUCCUGUAACUGCAAGAGGUCCUUACUGCAAAGCAUGGAGAUCACGGAGCUGGAGUUCGUUCAGAUAAUCAUCAUCGUAGUGGUGAUGAUGGUCAUGGUUGUGGUAAUCACGUGUCUCUUAAACCACUACAAGCUUUCUGCACGAUCCUUCAUUCACCGACACAGCCAUGGGAGGAGGCGGGAAGAAAACCUUUCUUCGGAAGGAAGUCUAUGGCCUUCAGAGAGCACAGUUUCAGGAAAUGGCGUGGCAGAGCACAUUUACACACCAAGACCUUUGGACAGACUAGGCAUCCCGCCCUUUCUCCAACGAGAUCGCUUCAACCGUUUCCAGCCCACCUAUCCCUACAUACAACACGAGAUUGACCUGCCUCCCACCAUCUCUUUAUCUGAUGGUGAGGAACCGCCACCCUACCAGGGACCCUGCACGUUACAGCUCCGUGACCCAGAACAACAGAUGGAACUGAAUCGAGAGUCUGUGCGGGCACCUCCCAACCGAACAAUCUUUGACAGUGACUUAAUUGAUAGUUCGGUCUACGGGGGGCCCUGCCCACCAAGCAGCAACUCUGGAGUGAGCGCAACUUCCUACAGCAGCAAUGGGAGGAUGGAAGGCCCACCUCCAACCUAUAGCGAGGUCAUAGGUCAUUACCCCGGAUCCUCUUUUUAUCAGCACCAGCAGCAGAAUAUGGGCACGCCCUCUAUAUUAGAAAGCAGCAGACUUAAUUUGCAAAGCAAUGGUCUUGAUAGCACAGUAGCACGGAGUAAAGAUAAGGACAAACAAAAAAGACAGCCAUUUUAGAAUCAAGACCGAACGAAAGGAGAAAUAAAUCAAUAAACACUGCACUUCUAUUCAGUCCUUUUCGUUGUCAGCUCAUCCCGCAAUGCCAAAAUGUUGCUUGCAUUUCUGACCGCUAAUUGGGCACCAGAGAAAGAACUUCACUGAAGAAGUCGGGGAGGAGAGUAAAUGUAAAAGGAAAAUGUAUCCCUCCCCCAUCUUCACUUCUUCCUGUAUAAAUAUUUACUUGUUAUGUCUGGUUGAAUGCACAAGCAGAAGAAGCUUGCAAUCCUGUUUAUAUGUUUAGCCAUGUCUUGAAAACCUUACACAGUUGCUCUUACUUUGUUUUCCUUCCUUUUAAGAAGCGGAGUAGCCUGCGUGAGUGCUUGCAUAUAUAUACCCCAUCCACCUUAUAACUAAUUUUUUUUCUUAAUAUCUCACUUAACGUUAAGGAAGAAAAAAAAAUCCUGAAAUAUUUGCACAAAACUAUUUGUUUUAAAAGACUUGCAAUAUAUAAAUAUAUAUAAACAAAUAAGAGAAGAGUAUGAGUGAGGGGAAGUGUAUUUUUUUAUUAGAAAAGGGCCUAUACAUUUUGGGAUGUUUGUCAUCAGAAAUGGACACAGAAAAAAGAAAAAAAAAAAAAGAAAAAAACAGGAGAAAAAAAAGAGCAAACUGAUUUUUUUUGAG